AUGGAACAUUGUGGAGCUGUAAAAAUCAUCAGAGGCAUUCACACAAGAUAUCCAACAACAACAAAAUGUGAAGAGUCACCACUCAUUGCAACAAACGAAGUUAUGUCCAUGGAUAGACAUAAACAAAAUAGGCCAAUAUUAAUUGAAUCAACUAGCCUAGGUUUACAGUCGCGGAUUCUGCCUCUCUUUACAAUCACUACAAGUGCGAAAAGAAUUAACAUACAAAUGCCAAUCAUUCUAGAGAAACACAAAGUGAGGAACAAUGUAUCAACCUCAGUCUCAUGA